UGAGAGAGGGAGGAGGGAGCAGGGGGCUGAGCGGAUCCCACGUGUGACGCUUUCAUUCCCGGCUCAGUAAUAUUCUCAUAGCGGGGCUUUGCAUAUCUCCUGCCCUAUCUGUGUGUGUCUGUCACUGUUACUGUAGUCCCAGCCUCUAUAGUUUGGAAUAGAUAUGGAAGGAGACGGGAGUCAAGCCACGUCCGGAAGCUUAAAUGAUUCACAACAUGACCCGGGUAAAAUGUUUAUCGGUGGCCUCAGCUGGCAAACCUCACCAGACAGCCUUAGAGACUAUUUUAGUAAAUUCGGAGAAAUAAGAGAAUGUAUGGUGAUGAGAGACCCCACGACAAAACGCUCAAGAGGAUUUGGGUUUGUUACGUUUACAGAUGCUGCCAGUGUAGAUAAAGUCUUAGCUCAACAGCACCACGAAUUAGAUUCAAAGACGAUUGAUCCUAAGGUUGCCUUUCCCCGACGGGCCCAGCCUAAGAUGGUCACAAGAACAAAGAAAAUAUUUGUGGGUGGCUUGUCGGCCAACACGGUAGUGGAAGAUGUGAAGCAGUAUUUUGAACAGUUUGGGAAGGUCGACGACGCCAUGCUUAUGUUUGAUAAGACUACUAACAGACAUAGAGGAUUUGGUUUCAUAACUUUUGAGAGUGAAGACAUCGUAGAGAAAGUCUGUGAAAUUCAUUUUCAUGAAAUCAAUAACAAAAUGGUAGAAUGUAAGAAGGCCCAGCCCAAGGAGGUGAUGUUCCCACCAGGUACGCGAGGGCGAGCCAGGGGUCUGCCCUACACCAUGGAUGCCUUCAUGCUGGGGAUGGGCAUGCUGAGUUACCCUAACAUCGUGGCAACGUAUGGCCGCGGAUACACUGGAUUUGCACCCAGCUAUAGCUACCAGUUCCCUGGCUUCCCAGCGACGGCAUAUGGACCGGUGGCGGCGGCGGCGGUAGCAGCAGCGCGUGGCUCAGGUAGGGGGGCCCGUGGAAGAGGCGGCUACUUGGCGUACCCACAGAGCACAGGGCCAGGCCUCCCCGAUUAUGGGUUUUACUCUGCGCCCAGUGACCAGAGGGGGGGGCCCUGCUCCUUUGCUGACUAUGGCUCCCUGGGGCCCCAGGCGGCUCAGAUGCUGCACAGUGAGCAUGCCACCUCCGCCUGCAACUCCCCCCUACAGCACCUACACAGCCCGGAUCAGUUUAAGAACCCAGGCACCAACCCAUCCAGGCCCGGAGGUUUCCCAGGUGCUAACAGUCCAGGGCCUGUAGCUGACCUGUAUGGACCUAGCAACCAGGAUUCAGCUGUGGGGAACUACAUCAGUGCUGCUAGUCCUCAGCCUGGCUCCGGGUUUGGCCCCAGCAUUACUGGCCCGUUGAUUGCGACAGCUUUUACAAACGGAUACCAUUGAACAGGUGGCCGGUUGCUAUCUCAUCAGAGCAGAGUAUAUCUGGUGGCCCGGGACAGACAGGACGAAGUUUCUAAUUGGCUUUGUGUGCAGGUGAUGAUAAUCCAACUUCAAGCACUACAGCGUCACCCAUGGCUAAAAGAGUGAAAAGCGGGAACCAUAUGAAGAAGAUUUGAAAAAAGAAAAAAAAAAAAAAAGAAAAGUUUGUCAUCUCAGAAAAACAAGCAACUGCUGUACUAUAACCCAAACCUCCUAUACCUUUACAACCUGGUUUGGUAUGAUGUUCCAUGUCAACUUCACUCACUGAUUUCCUUCCUCCCUUAGCUUUUUGUUUUUGAUCACUUUCUAGUGUGUUGUUUGAGUUUAACUUUUUAUCUCCUUGUAGUUUGUAAGUGCAUUUUAUUUGUAUUUUAUUUUUUAAAGUACGGCGGGUCAGAGCCAAGAAUAUCUGCAAGUCACCUCUUCAUCUCUAUUGGUUACUGUAAAGGCAAAAAAAUGAAACGUAUUUCCAUUCGGUCUUUCAGCAAAAAAAAAAAGAUUAAAAAUAAGCUCAGUAUGGAAACAUUUGGAGAAAAAAAUUAAGGAAAUUUCAAAGAGAAGGUAUCAAAGUAAUAAUUUUUAGUAGUUGUUUUAUUUCUUGUGAUGUCUCAUUGUAAACCAUGAUUACCUAUUUUUGGGCAAUACAAAGAGGACUCCAAUAUUUUUAUGGUCCUUUUUUAUAAGUGUUGUUUCUGUUGUGUAGAAAUAUAAAUAUAUAUAAAUAUAUAUAUAUGCUAUAACAAAUUUCAUAUAACGACAUUGUGAAUUCAAACUUGAGAAAAAGAAAUGUAGCUGUACAUAUUAUUCCAGUCACUGCAUAUAACCAACUCAGUGAGAGAAUAGCAUAUUUUUGUGAUGGUGUGUCAAAAGAAUACGUUCUAGCGUGUGAAUAGAAGAAAAAGCUGUAAACAAUAUUCUACGUUUUUGGUUUUUUUGGUUUUUGUUUUUUUCUGCUGAAAGACGAUACAAGUCCUCAAACAAACAGUUGUGUAAAUACUAAAAAGCCGAAUGAUUUUAAAAGUGUUAUACCAGCAAAUUUAUGACCGGUGAGCUUAGUUGACGCUGUUUUAGAGACAGAACAGCAUGGAUGAUGAUUUUACGAUCACUUCAAGGUGGGAGCGACAGAAAGGGGGG